CAGGAAUAGGCGGCCCUGGAAGGGGGCGGAGCCGUUUCAGCUUCGCUGAGCUUCGGCGUGUCCUGUUCACCCCUUCCUUUUCUGGCUGCCCGGGGAGCCGGUCGCGGUGGCAGCGCAGCGAUGGCGCUGAGCCUGACGGUGAACUCGGAGGUUCCCCCGCUCGGAGCUUUGCUAACUGUAGAGCAUGUGAAAAAUGAUGUCAAAAUUUCGGUUGAAGAAGGCAAAGAGACCAUCCUCCGUGUAUCUGACCAUGCUGUGUUCACUGAUGUGAAUUCCAUAGUUCGCUAUCUGGCUAGAGUUGCUACUUCCGCAGGGCUAUAUGGUUCUAAUCUUCUGGAACACACUGAGAUUGACCAUUGGCUGGAAUUCAGCGCGACAAAGUUAUCUACCGGUGCCCAGUUUGGUUCAGCACUCCUUGAGCUUAAUCACUGUCUGUCUCUAAGGACCUACUUGGUUGGAAACUCCCUGAGUCUGGCAGAUUUGUGUGUCUGGGCUGUACUAAAAGGCAGUAGUGCAUGGCAAGAACAGUUGCAGCAAAACAAGGCUCCAGUCCAUAUGAAGCGCUGGUAUGGCUUUCUUGAGGCACAGUGUGCCUUUCAGUCAGUGGGUACCAAGUGGGCUGCAACUGCAUCAAAGACCAAAGUGGCAACAGAAAAGAAACAAGAUGUUGGGAAAUUUGUGGAACUCCCAGGUGCAGAGAUGGGGAAGGUCAUUGUUCGGUUUCCUCCUGAAGCCAGUGGUUACUUACAUAUUGGUCAUGCAAAAGCUGCUCUGCUAAAUCAGCAUUACCAGGUUAACUUUAAAGGAAAACUCAUCAUGAGGUUUGAUGACACAAAUCCUGAAAAAGAAAAAGAAGACUUUGAAAAGGUUAUCCUGGAAGACGUUGCGAUGCUGCACAUCAAACCAGAUCAAUUUACAUAUACCUCAGAUCACUUUGAAACUAUAAUGAAAUAUGCUGAGAAGCUUAUUCAAGAAGGGAAGGCGUACGUGGAUGAUACUCCUGCAGAACAAAUGAAAAUGGAGCGUGAGCAGAGAAUAGAAUCUAAACACAGAAAUAACUCUGUUGAGAAGAAUCUACAAAUGUGGGAAGAAAUGAAAAAGGGAACAGAAUGUGGACAAAUGUGUUGUCUACGAGCAAAAAUAGACAUGAAUAGUAACAAUGGGUGUAUGAGAGACCCAACCCUUUAUCGUUGCAAAAACCAACCACACCCACGCACUGCAAGUAACUACAAUGUUUAUCCUACAUAUGACUUUGCCUGCCCCAUUGUUGACAGUAUUGAAGGUGUCACACAUGCAUUAAGAACAACAGAAUACCAUGACAGAGACGAGCAGUUCUACUGGAUCAUUGAAGCCUUGGGCAUAAGGAAGCCAUACAUCUGGGAGUACAGUCGUCUAAACCUCAACAACACUGUGCUAUCUAAAAGAAAGCUCACCUGGUUUGUCAAUGAAGGGCUGGUAGAUGGAUGGGAUGAUCCAAGAUUUCCCACUGUGCGUGGUGUGCUGAGAAGAGGCAUGACUGUUGAAGGACUAAAACAGUUUAUUGCUGCACAGGGCUCCUCCCGAUCUGUUGUCAACAUGGAAUGGGAUAAAAUUUGGUCAUUUAACAAAAAGGUCAUAGACCCAGUGGCACCUCGGUAUACUGCUUUACUGAAGGAUGAAGUGGUCACUGUGAACGUUCCUGAAGCCCUAGAUGAGAUGAAAGAAGUGGCCAAACAUCCAAAGAAUGCUGAUGUUGGCUUGAAGCCUGUGUGGUACAGUUCCAAAGUGCUGAUUGACGGUGCAGAUGCAGAGACUUUGACUGAGGGAGAGACUGUUACAUUCAUUAAUUGGGGCAACAUUAUCAUCACUAAAAUACACAGAAACUCAAGCAGGAAAAUUGUGUCCAUUGAUGCCAAGCUGAACAUGGAGAACAAGGACUACAAAAAAACCACUAAAAUCACUUGGCUUGCAGAGACCCCACAUGCGCCUCUCAUUCCAGCUGUCUGCGUUAACUAUGACCAUCUAAUCACCAAACCUGUCCUAGGUAAAGAUGAAGAUUUCAAGCAAUAUGUCAACCGAAAUAGUAAGCAAGAAGAACUGAUGUUAGGUGAUCCUUGCCUUAAGGAGUUGAAAAAAGGAGACAUUAUACAACUUCAGAGAAGAGGAUUUUUUAUUUGCGAUCAACCCUAUGAACCAGUUAGCCCAUACAGCUGUAAAGAAGCCCCAUGCGUUUUGAUUUAUAUCCCUGAUGGGCACACAAAGGAAAUGCCAACAUCUGGCUCAAAAGAGAAGACGAAAGCAGAAACUGCAAAGAAAGAGGCUAGUUCAACUUCAAAGGGAAAGUCUGUUCCACUUGUUGCUGAUACCUGUAUUCCAGCCUCUGCUCCAUCUGAGGACCCCCUGGUCUUUUACAACAGAGUGUCUGCUCAGGGUGAUGUAGUUCGUGAUUUGAAAGGUAAAAAGGCUGCAAAGGAAGAUAUUGACACAGCUGUGAAACAGCUAUUGGCCUUGAAGGUGGAAUACAAGGAGAAGACAGGCCAGGAGUAUAAGCCUGGAAAUCCUCCUGCAGCAGCUGUAGCAGUACCAAAUGUUUCUUCGACACCUCAGACCUCCAGCAAUCUGGACAGCAAAGCUCUUUAUCAUAAAGUAGCUGAGCAAGGGGAGGUGGUCAGAAAACUGAAAGCUGAGAAAGCCUCUAAGGAUAAAGUAGAUGAAGCAGUGAAACUCCUCCUUUCUCUGAAAGCAGAGUAUAAAGAAAAGACUGGGCAGGACUACAAGCCAGGACACGUGCCAGCAACUCAGAUAUCUAUACCCCAAACAACAAGCACAGAAAUCAAUGGCCCAGACACACCAGAAGCUAAAGCUCUGUUUAACAAGGUGGCUUGUCAAGGAGAAGAGGUCCGUAAACUAAAAGCAGGAAAAGCAGAAAAGGAUAAAAUAGAUACAGCAGUGCAGGAACUGCUUCAACUGAAGGCCCAGUACAAGUCUCUUGCAGGAGUAGACUAUAAACCUGUCUCUGCCACUGGUGUUGAGGAUAAAGAUAAGAAAAAAAAAGAGAAGGAGAACAAGUCUGAAAAGCAGAAUAAGCAACAAAAACAGAGUGAUACUCAGAAGAAAGAAUAUCAGAAAGACCAAGGUGGUAAUGGCCUCUCCUCAGACGGUUCAGGAGAAGGUCAAGGGCCUAAGAAACAGACCAGGCUCGGUCUAGAAGCUAAAAAAGAAGAAAAUCUUUCUGAUUGGUUUUCUCAGGUGAUCACAAAAUCAGAGAUGAUUGAAUACUACGAUGUGAGUGGCUGCUACAUUCUUCGUCCAUGGACUUUUUUCAUUUGGGAAACCAUCAAGGAUUUUUUCGAUGGUGAGAUCAAGAAACUUGGUGUAGAAAACUGCUACUUUCCCAUGUUUGUGUCCCAGGCUGCUCUGGAGAAAGAGAAGACUCAUAUUGCUGACUUUGCCCCUGAGGUUGCUUGGGUUACGAGAUCUGGUAAAACAGAGCUGGCUGAACCAAUUGCUGUACGUCCUACAAGUGAAACAGUAAUGUAUCCUGCCUUUGCAAAGUGGGUGCAGUCACAUAGAGAUCUUCCUAUCAAGCUUAAUCAGUGGUGCAACGUAGUGCGUUGGGAGUUCAAACAUCCUCAGCCUUUCCUGCGCACUCGUGAGUUCCUUUGGCAGGAAGGACACACGGCAUUUGCUACGUAUGAAGACGCAGCAGAAGAGGUAUUGCAGAUUCUUGAUCUGUAUGCUCGGGUGUAUGAAGAACUCCUGGCAAUACCUAUUGUGAAAGGAAGAAAAACUGAAAAAGAGAAGUUUGCAGGUGGAGACUAUACAACCACUGUGGAAGCAUAUGUAUCUGCCAGUGGAAGAGCUAUCCAGGGAGCAACAUCGCACCAUCUCGGGCAGAAUUUUUCAAAAAUGUUUGAGAUUGUGUUUGAAGAUCCCAAGAUACCGGGAGAAAAACAGUUCGCCUAUCAAAACUCUUGGGGCAUUUCAACUCGGACCAUUGGAGUGAUGACAUUGAUCCAUGGAGAUAAUAUGGGCUUGGUGCUACCACCUCGGGUAGCUUGUGUUCAGGUUGUAAUUAUUCCUUGUGGCAUCACAAAUUCUCUUUCUGACGAGGACAAAGAGGCACUGAUGAAGAAAUGUAAUGAAUAUCUUAAAAGGCUGCUCCGUGUCAAUGUCCGCGUACGUGCUGACUUAAGAGACAACUAUUCACCUGGUUGGAAGUUCAAUCACUGGGAGCUUAAGGGUGUUCCCAUCAGGCUUGAAGUGGGACCACGAGAUAUGAAGAACGGCCAGUUUGUAGCUGUCAGAAGAGACACAGGACAGAAGAUGACCUUCGCUGAACAUGAGGCAGAGGAUAAACUCAGACACAUUUUGGAGGAGAUCCAUGCUAACCUUUACAACAGAGCUUUUGAAGACCUAACAAAUCAUAUGGUGGUGGCCAAUACUAUGGAAGACUUUCAAAAAGAACUUGAAGCAGGAAAGAUUGUGCAGAUUCCCUUUUGUGGGGAAAUGGAGUGUGAGGACUGGAUCAAGAAAACUACUGCCAGGGAUCAAGAUCUUGAGCCUGGUGCCCCGUCCAUGGGAGCAAAAAGUCUCUGCAUCCCCUUCAAACCUCUCCGCGAGCUGCAGCGUGGAGCGAAAUGUGUCUGUGGCAAGAACCCCGCCAAGUUCUACACCCUGUUUGGUCGUAGUUACUGAGUUACUAGCGAAAACACCUUGUUCCUUAUCUCUGAACUCAACUUUUUUCAAUAAGACUGAAAUCUCCCCAGAUCUUAUCAGUUUUGUGACUUUUUAAAUAAUUCAAAAAACAAAGCCAUAAGAAACCAUAAAAAAACCCAGUCGUCAGUCUUAGACUAGCAGUAUUGCUCAGAAUUUUCUGUAAACAUCUCUAAUAUUAAAUACGUAUUGUGAGCUA